AUGCCUCCAGAAAUUUCCAAUAGACACCUCCUCACGACCGAUGUACGGCAGUUCCGACUUUUCGAUAACGAUCAAGAGCGUACAUGCAUGGUCUCUGUCAAAAGCCUAGACAAUAGCCAGAAUUGGUAUAAAUUAUGGCAUCGUCUAGUAGCCGAACACUCGGUUCGGAAAUUGACAGACCAAACAGACAAGCUGCCAGUGAUAGCCGGAAUGGCAGAUAGGAUGCAAGGCUGGUUCAAAGAGACGUAUUCUGCUGGCUUAUGGGCUGAAAACAUGUUGGGGGAGCUGUUGUGGCAGCGGAGCUCGUCAAUUAAAAGUAUCAUCAACACUUCUGACGACUUUGGUGCUCGGUACGUGGCGCCGCCAUCGUGGUCGUGGGCUUCAGCCACCUUUCCCGUUUUCUAA